GUUAAUUUGUCUGCUGUCACGGUUUGCAGCUCAGGCCUAUGUGCUUCGGUGCACCGUAUUUUGAGGUAGGGCUUUCUUAGUUUCUCUUUCCCAGUGUAUCCUUUUGUUUUCAGUGAGUUGCUUUUCUUUCUGCUGCAUCUGAACAUUUCCGGUAAGCGUCGGCAAACAAGCAAAGUAAGCGUUCGUUUUCAAUGAUAAAGCAGCGCGUCUUCAUCACGCACGUUCGACUCCACUGCCGUUUUAGGUUCCUAUCUCAUUUAUCAACUCUCCCUCGCACUUACACCUCCGUCUCAACACACUUCUGUAUCUCGCAUCCAUGAAAACAGAACACAACACUAACAAAAACAAAACAAUUAUUUUCUAAGGCAAAAACGUAAGACUCACUUCUACAUCUCCUAACAGACCUUUCUUCAUUCAACACGAUGUCCCUCGAGCUCGCCAACAAGGUUGCCUUCAUCACGGGCGCCGGUGCCGGUCUCGGCCACGGCAUCUCCGAGCUGUGCUUUGAGCGGGGCUGCAGCGUGUUUCUGACGGACGUGAAUGGCGCCUCGGUGGAGGAGCUGGCCGCCACGCUGAACGCCGGCAAACACGCCGUGGAGGGUCAGCGCGCGGUGGCGGCAGCGCUGGAUGUGUCGAACGAACAGCAGUGGCCGACUGUGGUGGACGCGUGCAAGAGUGCCUUUGGCCGCAUUGAUGUGCUGGUAUGCAACGCCGGCAUCAUGAUCAUGUCCGACUUGGAGAGCACGACGCUGGACAUCUGGAACAAGACGAUGAACAUCAACGCCCUCGGCACCUUCCUCGGCAUCCGCACUGUGGCCCCGCUGAUGAAGGCGCAGGGCGGUGGCAGCAUCGUGUGCACCGCUUCAACAGGCGCCGUGCGCGGCGGUGCUCUCCUGGCCGCCUACUGCGCCAGCAAGGGUGCGGUGCGGAUGCUGUGCAAGUCGCUCGCGCUGGAGCUGAUCCCCUUCCACAUUCGCGUCAACAUGGUGAGCCCCGGUACAUGUGACACCUCCAUGAACGAACGCUUGGCUGCUGUAACGCACCAUCGACCAGAGGAAGUCGGUGAAGCCUCUCCCAUUGGACGCCUCGCCCAGCCGCGUGAAGUUGCCGAGGCCGUCGUGUUUCUCGCGUCGGACCGCGCCUCGUACAUGGUGGGUGCUGAGUUACUUGUGGAUGGCGCAAUUACAUGUGGACUAACGGGUAAGUCUCCUGUGUGA